AUGCAGCAGAUCCUUGACCAGCGGUCGCUGGUGCACCAGCGGAGCGCCGAGCGCGUCAAACUCGCGCUGAUGAAGAAUGGCGGCGUGUAUAUUAAGCUGGGGCAGCACAUUAGCGCCAUGCAGUACGUGCUGCCGCUCGAGUGGUGCUCCACAAUGCAGGCCUUGCAGGACCAGAACACAGCCAGCUCCCUCGACGACGUCAAUAGUGUGAUCCACAGCGAGUUCGGCCAAGCCAUCGACGACAUGUUCAGCGAGUUUGAUCCGACACCCAUCGGCGUGGCCUCGCUAGCGCAGGUGCAUAGAGCCGUGCUGAGAUCGACUGGCCAGCCCGUGGCCGUCAAAGUACAGCACCCGACGGUGCGCAAGUACAGCGACAUUGACAUUGCAACCGUCUCGGUGAUGUUCGAGUUCAUCCACAGCAUGUUCGCCGACUUCAAAUUCAUGUGGCUCAGCGCCGAGAUGAAGGAGAGUCUGCCCAAGGAGCUGGAUUUCCGCAGCGACAAAAACAACGCCGAGCAGGUCCUCUGGAAUUUCUCAAAACGGCCCGACAUUCCGCUGGCCGUACCGCGGAUGAUCCAGGCGUCGGAGCGCGUCUUGAUCAUGGAGUACGUUGACGGCAAGCGGUGCGACAGCCUGGAGUAUCUGAGGCAGCACAACAUUGAUCCAGCUGAAGUCUCCAAACAGAUUGGCAGAGUCUUUGCUGAGAUGACGUUUGUCGACGGAUUCCUGCACUGCGACCCACACCCAGGCAACAUGUUUGUCAGGCCUCGCAACAGAUCCGAGACCGCCCACGGCCACAAUUUCGAUCUGGUUCUGCUGGACCACGGGCUGUACCGCCAGUUGCCCCCACGGUUCCGCUACGAGUACGCCGAAAUGUGGCACGCCAUGAUGCGCGGCGACCAGGAGCAGAUCCGGUACUGGUCGAAGCGGCUAUCGGGCACUGACCUCUACAAGCUGUUCUCCACCAUCCUGACUGGCCAAAACUGGGACACCAUUGAAAACAAGGCGCUGGCGUCUACGACCGAGCAGGCGUCGUUCAGCAUGGACACGAUGCUGCAGCAGCAUCCGAACCUGAUCGCUCAGAUUACUGAAGUGCUGGCAUCGGUGCCGCCUGUCCUGCUCUUGGUGCUCAAAACCAACGACCUGCUGCGCAUGGUCGACCAAAAGCUGUUUGCCGACCAGCCGCCAGCUGUGCAGCAGCAUGCUCAGCUGAAGACGUGGACCCGUCUCAGUCACUACUGCUUAAUGUCAAUCCGCGACACCCGUGCAGUGGAGAUCCGCCAGUCCGGCUCACGCUUCAGCGUCCGACGUCUAACAGGCAUACUGGCCAACUGGAUUGGGUUCUGGGCCCAGGACACGGCGCUGUGGGCAUUCGAUCUGUUCCUGUCGUUCGAGGAUAUGCUUAUCCGGUUCAAGUCCCUGCUGAAAGCCCCGUUUCUAAGAUUUUCGGGCGCGCCAUAA